AUGUCUGCCCGGUUUGCAGCCACAUGGCCAUCCGUGGAGCCUGUGGACAUAUGGUGCUCACUGCCAACAGUCGAGCUGGCCAUGUGCGAAACUGCCCCAGUCGAGCCGUGCCUGAUCUCUGGCUACAACGUGCCUUUCUCGCUCAAGUCGCUGGAUGACCUGGUGGACCCCAAGUAUCCGUGUGGUGAUCAUCCAGCCCUCAUGAUGUACUCGCCCACCGGGAUCUUCUCUUCUUAUGCCGUCGAGCGGGAAGUUCUGCAGCAUGCUGACGGCCUCCGCUUCGCAGACGGCUCUGCUGAACGUCCAGCACAUGUGCAUCGUAUGGAACAGUUUCAGGAUGCGAUCGCCCACCUGUGCAGGAGUCGCCCGAGCGACAUCCGGUUCAGCCACAAUCGGUCCGAACCAGUGAUGUACUUUCGGCAGGGUUUUCCACCACGGCAGCGUGAGGAAACCCUGCACAGUAUGGGGCUGGAUCCAAACAUCUUUGCUGAUUUUUCAACUUACUGCUCAGACCAACACUCUGUUACCAAUUUUCACUACGACCAGAGCCCUGGAUUUCUCCAAAUGUGUUCGGGACGCAAGAGGGUGUUGAUCGUACAUCCUCGCUAUUCUGAGUACAUGACUUCGGCUAUAGAUGGGAGGCGAUCCUGGAUUACAACGGAAACUCAGGCGGUGACCGUGCCGCAUUGGAACAUUACCCUGCACUCUGGUGAGUGUGACCCGGCCGUUGCCAAAGCAGACACAAGCGCCCCACAGGAGAGCUUGAGGGCGGCAGUGCGACAUUUAGCCGCCAUUGAGAGAUGGUUGCAGCCAAAACGCUCGACGUCAUCGAGCAACCUGCGGCAAUAUGAGCCAGAAGAGCUUGCUGCAGAGCUGGGCCUAGAUUCCCUAGCUAGUGGUGAAGACUUGGAAAACUUCGUCGAGCAUUUCUCCACUGCGGUUGGUACCGGUGAGCUGCUGGUUGCCGCCAUACCAUGUCUUUUGCAGUCAAAGACGUUUCGUCAUCCGGGCACCUUCUAUAUAAGUUCAGAGCGCCUGUGUUUCCGUUCUUCCGUCCUGGGGAUGGAAGCUCGGUUGGUAAUCUCCUGGUCCAUGGUUGAAUGGGCCCGGCUUAUCACCGAAAGGACAAACUCUAUGCACCCUGUUCGAAUUCGACUUAAGCAGUCAGCUGAAGUAGAUGGUAACAUGGUGGAUAGCUUUGACCUUCGGAUCUUCGAUGUGGGUGCCUUGGCACACAUGCACAGCUGCGCUACGUAUUUCAUCGGUACAGGGCUCUUUGACCUGGUGCCAUCUGAUGAUCGGCGCGUGUCCUUUCCCAGUCCCUCUCCCAUGGGAGGCAGUGGCAGCGGUUUGGGUAUCGGUGAGACCUUAGCUGCUGGCCCGCGUGCACGAGCACCCACAGUAUCAGCUGAAUCGAUGGUUGCAGACCUAGAGCAGCUGAGCCUUGUGUGGGAGCUUCAGAGGCGGACGACCAUUUGGCAUAACGAUUGGAGGGCUCCGUUUCUCCCACAUGACUAUCAGAAGGCCAUCAAAUGGAUGUCUAUCCAAGACCACUACCUGCCCCAUCCGUUUAUUCCUGAAGACAUCGAUGUGGACGAGGCAGCGGAGAGUGAGGAACCUCCAAUUGAGGAGGUGCAAUUCCUAGGUAGAAGGCGCGCAUGCAAAUGGGAUAUUGUCGUGGAUGAAGCCUCAGACUCAGAAGGAUGGCAGUAUGCGGUUGACUUCUACUUGGAGCCAAACAAGUGGAGCAACAGACUUCGCGGCUUUUCGCAUGUUCGUCGCAGGAGGUGGCAACCAACUUUCCUGGCAGAAGUGGAAGCCCCUGUAGCAACCGUGCGUAGCGUGACGAAUGCUAUGACUCGCGACAGGAAUCGCUUGAAUUCUACCCUCAUGGCAGAGAAGGAUGCCUCGCCACCGCAGCAAAUUCUCGUUGAGGACCUUGGAAAGAUUCCUCUGGAAACCAUCCGGCAGGAUUUGGAGAGCAACGACUGGGAAACGGAAUUGAAUUUGAUGUCCAUGCAUUUUCAAGACCUCAACAUGCAGAGUAUUGAGCUUGGACCAUGGGUCGAUGGCACUUCGUCAGGCUCCAAAGUUCAGGGCAAGCUGCGCUCGAUGUCAAUGCGCGUUCCAGUGCCUCCAGCGCCAAUGUGUCCAAAGGAAUCGCGCUGUGCAUGUACUUGGCACGUGGUAUGUGGUGAAGAAAGGUGCUUACUGGAGAGCGUGAUCAUGUCCCUGGACGUGCCAUAUGGUACGUGUUUCAACGUCAUUAAGUGUGACAUCUUCACUGUGGACACAGGAAGUGGCAACACAAUUCUUGAACGCAAGUUCUCCCUGGAGUGGGUCAAGGGCUGCUGGAUAAAGUCGCUUGUUGAAGCCAACGUUCCCAAAGAGAUCAAGGCCGAUGGCGUGCAAUGGGCCAACCUCAUCAAGAAGUGGGCCCAAAAGAUUCCUGCUACGGCCGAUAGCAGCGACAAGAAGAAGAGGCCACCCGAGCUUCAAUGA